AUGCUUGCUCCUCCUUCUCAGCCCCAGGCUGUUGAUGGGCUCGGCUUACCUCUUAACGGUGACAAGAAGGCUUGCAUCAAUUCCGUGGACCUACAGUCAAGAACUCUUCCUUCUGUGGGCUGGCAAAGUACUCUUGUCACACCAAGCACCCCAUUAGUGCCCGGAUGCAUGAAAUUGAGCCCUCUGGACCAAGUCGAGAACCGGUUCAUAGUCCCCUCAGUAUUUAUUUUCCAUGUAUCCUCCCCUUCUCUUCGGCAGCCGUUAUUGCAGGACCUAAAGGCUGGCCUUGCCAACAUGAUCGAGGAAUUGCCGUUUGUGGCGGCAGACGUCAUACCGGAUUGCGAGGAGCAGGACACAAUCCAAUUACAAACCUCGGACGACGCUGGAGUUUGGCUCCACUCCCAGGAGCUUCUGGAAAUUGAUUAUUAUGACCUUGAGCGCCGAAAAUUUCCACCUUCCGCCUUCCCACCUCUGUCGCUGAUGCCGGAGCCACGGCUUCACCAGUUGCAACGAAGUCCCGUACUCACCAUACUCGCGACAUUCAUUGUCGAUGGACUACUGCUGACUUUCAACAGUCAUCACUCUGUGAUGGAUGCUGCUGGAACGUUCGUCGUGGUUAGGACACUAGCAAAGCAUGUUGGAGCCUUGUCGGACGGUCGAAUUAUUUCGUCGAAUAAUGCAUUGCUCGAGGAAGCCCUUGACCGAUCAAUUGUCCCCGCAGGGAGCGGACGUAAAGAUAUCGCCGAUUUUCCAACCUAUCGCUUGAGCAAAACGUACCGAUGUGCGGUAGAACGAGAGCUAGCUGAGGCUGCAGUCGCUGGGGAUCAUCCAAAGCUCUCCCUACUGCAAAAGCUUCAAUUUUCGCAUUGGUACAUCUCCGAAAAGUCGAUGCAAGCUAUGAAAGACGAAGCAACUCCCCUUUCUAAAGGUUUUCCUGUCUUAACCGACAACACAAUCUUGUGUGCUGUGCUGUGGCGUCAUAUAUCCCGAGCCCGGCAACUGUCUUCUCGGGGCAUCAUGAAAAACUCCUUUAUCAGCACUGUCAACGUGAGAAGGAGAAUUGAACCCCCUCUGCCGCUAGACUACGUAGGAAAUGCAAUCGUACACGCAAAAACUUCUUCAGCAACCGCUGAUGUGGAAUCAGGUGAGCCUGGAAUGCUCUACAAGCUUGGAAGGCAAAUCACCAAUGCAAUCGAGUGGUGGACAUCAGAACGAAUUGGGGAGCUCAUCGGAGCAAUUGAGUCCAGUGAAACGGUUAGCAAAAUAGAGCCAAAUAUGGACAACUUUCAAGGCCCAGACCUGGAGGUCACUAGCGUCGCAAAUAUGGAUGAAAUUCUGAGCGUUGACUGGGGUUUUGGGAUAUCGAAAGUGAAAGCUGUGCGCUAUUGUUACUUACCAGUCAAAGACGGUUGGGUCAACGUGCUACCUCAAGGGAAAGACGGCGGAAUAGACCUGCUAAUUGGUCUGGAAAAUCGUGCUCUAAAUCGCUUAAGACAAGACAAGGAGUGGCUUCAAUUGGCGCAGGAGUUUCAAUAG